AUGGGUACCACAGUACCAGGUGAAGCACCAGAAACUGAUGAUGAUGAAGAGGAUAGUAUGGGCAUGAAAGAUAAAAUUUUUAGUCAAAUGGUUUAUGGUGAGCAAAGUGAUCAUGAUUACACAAAGGCUGUUAGAUUCCAAGGCAUUGGUUUCAAAGCUAUCGACAAUUCUAUUUCUAGAAGUUGCAUUUUUACUGAAGCUCAGCAAAAUUUGUGGUGUUCACAUGUUGAUGAAAAGUUGCAAGAACGUUGGCGUUUGCUGGGCUGUAAUACAAUAGAAUUUGCUAACCGACAAAUGCUCACACCACGCAAAUAUCUGAAAAAUUUAAAGCAGAAUAUGACCAGUACACAACAUGGUUUACAGAGUAUUUCGGCAACUUUCCGUCGAACUGCAGAAAAUUUGGGACGUGUUGAAUGGAAUAUAUCGUUACUAGAAGAAGGUGUCAGAUUAGUAUUCGAUUUUUCGACUUUCUCGGAUAAUAGCAGUUCAUGCAAACAAUAG